CCUUCCGGCCGCUCUUCCCGGCACGUGGGUCUGCCCCGGAGCCGCCCCGGGACCGGCGGGUGCCUGCUGCUGUGGGUUAAUCGCGCGGAGGACGUCGUCAUGCCUAAAAUACCAAAAGGAAAUAAUGUUGGACGGGAGAAAAAAGUCGUCCAUCCGUAUAGUAGAAAAGCAGCGCAAAUGGCCAGAGCGGCCCACAAGCAAGAAAAGAAAGAAAAGUUGAAGAAUGAAAAGGCGUUACGCCUCAGUCUCCUUGGUGAAAAACUUCAGUGGUUUCAAAGUCAUCUGGAUCCUCACAAAGCUGGCUAUUCAAGGAAAGAUGCAUGUGAAUUAAUUGAAAGGUAUUUGAACCGCUUCAGCAGCGAGCUGGAGCAGAUCGAACUGCACAACAGCAUCAAGGACCGGCAGGGCCGACGCCACUGCUCCCGGGAGACAGUCAUCAAGCAGACGAUGGAGCGGGAGCGGCAGCAGUAUGAAGGCUACGGCCUGGAAAUUCCAGAUAUUGUAAAUUCAGGAAAUCUGAAAAAGUUUAGGGAAUGGGAUUCUGAUCUGAAGAAAUUACCAAACAUUAAAAUGAGAAAAAUGUGUGCUAAAGAUGCACUUCGUAAGAAGCGCAAGAAGAAAGUUAUCACGACAGCUGCAGACAAAGACUUAGAGCAAUUGAAACUAGGAGAUGAGUCAAGUGACUCAGAUGAGGAAAUGACUGCAGUGGCCUAAUUGUCUUUACUUGAUGUGAAAGUAAUUUGAGGACCUCAAGUUAAACUUGAAUUAACUCUAGUAAAUAACUGUCUAGACCCUAGACUUUGCUGUUUAACUUAUUGCUUAAAGUGAGUCUCAGCCUCCCACCUCCGCACCCCGUCCCAUUUUGCAGUUGUAAAAAACAAUGGAAGAUUUUUAUUUAAAAUAAAUGUUGCUUUCCAUUUACACUAAAUUGCUAAAAUAGAGGUGAUCAGCAAAAUCCAUUUGCGUCUGAAUUUUGGAAACUGGAAAACAAUUUGAAUGCGGACAAAUGUUUUGAUGUACUCCCCGCCUAAUCUCACAUUUUAGAAUGUCUUCAGCAACCUGUUUUCUCAAAGGAUACUUUAUGAGCAGUGCCGAUACCAAAAGUAUCGGUUAGGGCUAGUUUGUCCAAAGUCUUUCUCUUAAAUACUUUCUUUUCCUUAUAAAUUAGCAAAAAUGAGGCCUUUGGCAAAGGGCUGGAGUGGAUGCUUUGCAUGCAUGUCCCCUGCAGACUGCCAGGAGAGAUUCCAGAACACUGUCUGGUUUGUCCCCCACCCCCCAAAAAAAAGAAAAACCUAAAUAAAUGAAAUAAAGAAAAUAUGAUAAUGGGAGUCAUAGACACGAAUGGAUUUUACCUUAUUUUACCUUAUUUAUUUUUUGAGCCAGAGUUACAUGGUAUAAAAAAGUGGCUAUUUUUGUGAUGUUGCUGUACUAAAUCUGUUAUCUUUUGAUUAAAAAGGACAUAUGAUGAGA